AUGGAAGCAGGAAUGGGCAAACGGAAAGAACAAGAACUCAGUCAAGGAGUCACUGCCGACGAGGUGAGGACCAUCAAGAAACCCCGCCUCGUCUUCACGGACAUCCAACGCAGGACGCUGCACGCCAUCUUCAAAGAAACCAAACGACCCAGUAAAGAGAUGCAGGCAACUAUCGCCCACCAACUGGGCUUGGAGAUCUCCACGGUUGCCAACUUCUUCAUGAAUGCUCGACGACGCUCUUCGGAGAAGUGGCAAGACGGUGACAGCAAGAACUCCAGCAUGAUCGAUUCGUCGUCGCCGCAGUCGUCCAUUGAUCAGUCGGAGGGUGGUGGAGGCGGUGGCGGUGGCGCUGGGAGCGUGAUGAUAGGGCCUCCGGACGAAACCACCGCCAUCGCUCACGCUGGAGACACGCCAUUCAAGGUGGAGGCGUACGGACAAUUCAACCCCUCCGCCUACGUCACCGCAGAUCAGUCGUCGCUGUGCGCCGCGGUGUCUGCGUCCAUGGUCUCAGCGCAGCCCUACGACGCCGCCAGGUCAUCCUCAUCGUCGUCGUCCACGGCGAUGACGCAGGCCUACAUGCAACCGGAGUAUCCAUUCUCCAUGCGAAACCCCUUUUUUGCAGCUCAGCACAACCUCCUACAGCAACAACAACGGCUCUUCCCCUACGCCAAAACCGCAGCCUCUAACUUCCAAGCGCAGUACCUUCCAGCCGCGAUUCAACAGCAGCACCAACACGCAAUGGGCUUCCAGCAACAACAGCAGCAGCAGCAGCAGCAGAGCUCGCUCAUCGACCUCCGACGUCUGGCGUCGGCGUCUCAAAUCGACCCGCGUUUCCUAGCAACGGCGACUGAGUUGAGCGCCAGUCACCAAUCGCUGCGUGACCAGGCCCUCGAGAUCUGCUCAAACAUGAAUGCUGCGGCAGCCGCGGCUGCAGCUUCUGUUGGCUUCAAUGCUGCCUCAGGGGAUGCUGGCACUGUUGCCGAUCAUCAGAUCUUGACUGCUACCAAGCCGGAGGAGGGCUCUUUGUCAAAUCUUUCGCUAGCACGAUGUGGUCCGGAGGCUAGCAACAUUGACGUGGAGCCGCAAACGACAAUAAGCGAUGCAAAAACAGACUGUAUUAGGCACGAAGCUUUUGACCUUGGUGCGACUAAUAGAUCAGACGGUGGUUCGAGGAGUGAACCCCUUCAGAGCUCAUUUUUUAGUGGGAAACUUGAACAAGCUGAACAACAAAGGGAGUCAACAAGGCCUGUACAAACUAGAAAAGACAAAAAUGAAGAAAACGUGGGUGAAUUUGAUGGAUCCACUUCACCGAUUUUCAAACAUCCAACGCUGACGGGCGACAGAGACGAAAGGGACCAGCAAAAGCGAUUCCAGAAACAAUUAAUGCAACACGAGCACCUUGAAGCCCAGUUAGCUGAAACCAGGAGGCUCUUAAGGAGCUCAGAAGACGAGAUGAAGAGCAUUCGGAAGGAGGUCCAAGAGACGGAGCAUCGCCUAACUCAGGAACUCGCCAAGAAGGUCACCUCGCUACGCGACUUGGAAGGACGGUUUGUCAAAAUGUCGGCCGAGUUGCAAAUGAGCCUCCUUGACAGUCAAGCCAAGAACAGGGUCUUGGAGGAUACACUGAAGACCAAUCAGUCACUCUUUCGACGUGCUGUCUCUGAACGCGACUCCAUGCAAAAGGCAAAGGCUAUGCUGUCUUUUCGGCUCCAAGUUGCGCAGGAUCAGAUCCGAGAACUUGAACACAAAUUGAACAGCAGUGCAAGUUGUUCGGAAAGCCAAAUGGCGCGCCUCAACAGAACCCUAGAGGGUGUUGCAGAGGUUGCCGUUGCCGCGCGUCACGCCAGUGCACGUAUUAGGAGCACCCUUAAACAGGCUGGGACAUCCGUUAAGAUUGCCACCCCCAGCAAAGCGGCGAAGCAGAGUUUUGAGACGUCUGUCGUGUCAUCAAUCAGGCAACUCACAGAUGACGUAAAUAAGAAGCGCCUAAAGUCAUCAGGCGGUGCGAUGAAAAAUGAAGCUGUCCGACAAUCGUUGACAGCAGCACACGAAGGGGACGGCCGCAUAAUUGGGGCGAAUAAGUCCACCCCUGUUCUAAUCGAAAGAAGGUUGCCGAGUAAGGAGGUUGCCUCGUCAAAAGUUGGCUUGCGUUCGAGUCAGGAUAAGCUUAACAGCCUUAGUCAACGCAUUGACGCUUCACGACGUUCAUCCGAGCUUGAAGUCACGUCAGACGUAAAUCAAAGGUCUGCUGAGGUGAUCAGUAGACCAGCAGGUGACGAACAGGUGAAUGCGAACAACAGUUUCUCGUGGUCUCACGCUGGACACAGCCACUGCGUCAGAGCAGCUAGGAUGGGCUUUAAUCGAGGUUCAUCAGCACGUCGAAGUGAUCGCUACUCUCGGUUAAGCAUGAACCAGUCAGAAACCGGGUGCUCCAAACGCAGCUCACGUCUCGUUCCCGAUACCAGCAAGAGUGAUAAAAUUGGAGAACUUCUAAACAAGGGCAUCACAAAGGCAGAUCGGCUGCGCGACGUGAUUGGUAGGCUGCGUCAAUUCAUUCACACGACAAGACCAUUAACCGAAUCUUGGGAUAAAAAGGAGAAUAGAGGCCUAACGCAAUCUGUUGAAUCUGGGUCUCACCCGAAGUUACCCAAUUCAAUUAGCCACAACGGAAAAUAA